AUGAAGUGUAAAAUAUGCAACAUCAGCAGUCCUCAUGAGCUCCUGCACUUCGAUAACGUUCAAAAGAAAUCGGCAAUGUCCACAAAAGCAGGUCUAAGAACGGUUAUUCUGGCCACAGCCCAAGUGAGAGCAAAAGCUGCGAAUGGUGAGCACAUAUUAUUAAGGGCUAUUAUUGAUCAAGGGUCACAAAAAACAUCAAUUUCCGAAGAGGCAGCACAGAUAUUAGGUGUACCAAAGAAAAAAGUGAUGACAAAACUUCAUGGCCUAGGAGAUGUUGUGGUUGGUGAAUCGAAAUUUAAAAUUAAAGUGCAAAUUACAUCACGUUUUCUAAGCCAGCACGUCGAAGAAGUGGAUGCCAUAGUUUUAUCAACCCUUACAACUGCGCAACCUGAUCAAUCCUUCAGGUUCAACUUUAAAAAAUGGGAAAACUACACUCUUGCUGACCCAUUAUUUAACAAAGCUGAUAGAAUUGACAUAGUGAUUGGUGGUUAUAUAUUCGGCAGAAUAAUAGAAAGAGGCAAUAAAAAGCACAAUGGAGUUCUUGCACAAGCUACCAAAUUCGGUUGGAUUUUGUCUGGAAUAAUUAAACAAAAGAAACCAGGCAAAGUCACAUCGGCAGUAACCAACCUUGAGAGAUUUUGGGAGCUAGAGGAAGAACAAGAUGAAGAAGCUAAAGUGGAAGACGAAAUGUGUUUGAAAAAGUUCGAGGAAACCACUAAACAAGAUGCAGAUGGGCGAUUCAUUGUGGAAAUUCCAUUUAAAGACGACAUGGAGCUGGGUGACUCUCGUAAACAGGCAAUUGCUCGGCUGCUAUCCAUGGAAGCCAAUUUCAAAAAGAGUGAAAAGCUUGGCAAUGAUUACAAGGAAUUCAUUCACGAAUACCAAAACCUUGGGCAUAUGAUAAAAGCAAACGAGAAGGUAAAUGGUAAAUACUAUUUGCCACACCAGGCUGUUAUACGCGAGAAUAAAUUAACUACAAAACUUCGUGUUGUGUUUGAUGCGUCAGCCAAAACUUCAAAUGGAAAGUGCUUAAACGAUAUCAUGUUGACAGGACCCAAACUUCAAAGGGAUGUGUUUGAUAUUAUUCUCAAGUGGAGACUAUGGAAAGUGGUAAUCACAGCUGAUGUUGAAAAAAUGUUCCGGCAAAUUAAAAUUUCGGAAAAAGAUAGAGUGUAUCAUCGAAUUUUGUGGCGGGAACAUCCUUCAAAUAAAAUAGAGGAAUACGAGUUGACGACAGUGACAUAUGGUACCGCUUCAGCACCAUAUUUAGCAGUGCGCACAUUAUUUGAAAUUGCCAACAAGUGCUCAAGUAAAAACAAUUGGCUACAAAAAAUCAUAAAGGAAGAUUUUUAUAUGGAUGAUCUCAUGACUGGUGGAGAUUCGGUGAAUCAAUGUAUUAUGAUCCAAAAAGAAAUCAGCAAGCACCUUCAGUUAUUUGGAUUUCAUUUGAGGAAAUGGCUAUCGAAUUGCGACAAUAUUACCAAAAAUAUCACCACCAUGGGAGAAAAUGAAAUAAUUCAAAUAAAAGAAAAUGAAGCAGUGAAAACACUUGGGCUAUACUGGGAUCCAAAGAAAGAUCAGUUCCAGUUCAAAAUUAAUUUGGAAAUAGAAAAGCUGCCAUCAAAACUACAAAUACCUGGACAGCAAGAUAACAACCAAAUCCGCGAUGUAUACAACCUUAUGAGAGCAAAUGGACUCAUAAUCGAUAACAAGCUGGUAAUUAAGGCUGAUAGCACUUAUGCACAGUGA